AUGCGUACACUACUACUGAAGGGGGUCUUGGCUGUGAAUAAGACACACAUCAGACAGGGAUCUUCCAGUUCUGACUUGUCUGAUUCCGGGGGCGCAGUUGGGACUCGGGUUCCUGCUCAUCAUCACAGACGAGGGUCUCUGUCUUCGUUGGAGGCAACAGAGCAAGCAGGAGUUCUAGGCACGAGCACUUACUUGACACCAGCGUCCAAAUACGCUUCCCAGCCGUAUCUCACCCAGUCCAGGCACUUAAGCAGAAGGCAUGUCCUGGUAGUACCAAGACCACGAUCGUUGGGUUCGCUGGAGUUCUCUCUCAGAUACGAAGUGAACAAUCACGGGUUGCUGGUCACUGUUUACCGAGCCAGGAAUAUUCAGUCGACGGAUUCAUCGGGAUUAUCUGACCCCUUCGUCACCGUUGAACUUGUUCCUCCGUUGAUCGGUAGCAAGGUAUCGGUUUUCAGAACAAAAACAUCGCAGAGAACAGCGAAUCCGGAAUUCCACGAGAGCAUAGCUUUUCACAACGUGAUGGAAACUGACAUGUCACGCACAUUUGUGCGUUUUGUUAUUCUCGAUGAAGAUAGAGGUGAUGCCCUUGGGGAACUGAAAGUCCCGCUCGUCCGACUCAAACCCAAUUUCACGCAAAUGUUCAACUCGUUCCUGGACCCACCAGCUCAACUUUCCGUGAGUGAAUAUUUUUCCGUACGUGAUGGGAAUAAUAAAGAUGCAAAUUUCGGCUUGCUUCCCGCCCAUAAGCUCUGA